CUCGCUAAGAAAGAAGACGACGAAGCCGAUUCUCUCUCCAAGGAGAAACCAGCUUGAGAACUCAAUCAAUGGCGAUUUCUCUUCCACAAGCUUAUCUCGCAAAAGUAUCCAUUCAAAUUCCUUCCUCCACUCAAAUUUUACUGAAUCGCAAUCAUGAUAGUCGCCAACGAGUCUUCUCUCACCGUCGCCAAACCUCAAUCAGUAAUGUCUCGCCCUUACGAAGUCCGGUAACUGUUUCUGCUCUCUCAAACUCUCAAGGAAUUGGAUCCACUUUGGUUGGUGAAGAGGUGGCUGAUGUGUUAGAUAGAGUACAAGUGUUUGAUUUGAGUGGAAAUUCCAUCCUUAUUUCUGAUCUAUGGAAAGAUAGAAAAGCUGUUGUUGCAUUUGCUCGUCAUUUCGGAUGUGUUCUCUGCAGAAAACGCGCUGAUUAUCUCGUUGCUAAGAAGGAUAGGAUGGAUGCAUCAGGCGUGGCGCUUGUGCUGAUUGGGCCGGGCAGUGUGGAGCAGGCAAAAACAUUCUCAGAGCAAACUAAAUUUGUAGGAGAAGUAUAUGCAGACCCGAGCUAUUCAUCAUACGCAGCACUUGGAUUUGUUUCAGGACUUUCCACUAUAUUUACUCCAGGGGCAGGAUUAAAUGUCAUACAAGCUUACAUAGAUGGAUAUCGCCAGGAUUGGGCCCUCUCAUUUGAGAAAGACACUAGGACAAGAGGGGGCUGGCAACAAGGUGGAAUUAUUGUUGCUGGUCCUGGAAAAGCUAAUGUCUCAUAUGUUCAUAGAGACAAAGAGGCUGGGGAUGAUCCCGAUAUCGAUGAUAUUUUGAAAGCCUGUUGCUCGUAAUAAAGGGCAAGGGCAAGUCGAGGAUUUGUAAAAAACAUGUUUUCCUUUUUUAAGAAGAAAGAACAUAUAUUGAUGCUCUUUCUUAGUGAUAUGUAUAUACAAAUUAUAUAUAAAUAUAUAUAAUAGAUGAUGAUGCUGAGU